GGGAGAUUGAAAGACGCGCUCUCAUCAUUUUCUUUGAUUGUCUUCCUUUCUCUUGUUAUAACAUCCCUUUUUUAUCUUGAUGAAAACUCAUAUCAAAGCCUUACUCAUAGAUCUUAGUGGAACAGUACAUAUAGAUGCCAAGGUAAUUCCUGGAGCUAUAGAAGCCAUUAAAAAACUUCGUAUCAAUCAUAUUCCAUUUAGGUUUGCUACCAAUACAACCAAAGUAUCUUCAAGAAAACUAGUUGAAAAACUCAAUGGUCUAGGAUUUCAAGUGAAUGAUACUGACGUAUUCACUUCUUUAUCCGCCUGCAGAGACUUGAUUAGAAGCAAACAGUUACGGUAAAAGAAGAAGAAGAAGAAGAAGAAGAAGAAGAAGAAGAAGAAGAAGAAGAAGAA